AUGAGACUCACGUCGUCCCUCGCCAUUCGCAAGUUGCUUGCCUCGAUCCACCCUCCUCUUUCUCCCCAGUCACCCCGCGAAUCCAAACAGCUCCUCAACGUCCUGGAAUCCGCCUUCCAGCGACGCCUGGACGAAACCCAUCCCUCUCCGAAAGCAGCAGCAACCGCGGUCGACAACCAGCAUGGCUCUGAAUCAAUCCCUGAUCCAGCACAGCGAGUCACCCAUUCCACCCACUCCCACCUAGACACUAUCCUCGGCCAUCCGCUUUUCAAACAACAGUCGCUUACUUUCCUUCAAACCCACGGCCUCGCUGCGACCGCCGUCAAGACUUUCGACGAUGCGCUAUUGAAGCAAGCUCUCGACUCAGAUCUUGUCCAAUCCUGCGCCCUGCAGUAUCUUCAAGGCCGUGAGAAGCGAGGUAAAUCUCCGAAGGAUGAAGGGCUGGGACCGAGGUUGGCUCGCUGGUUUAACGCCAUGACCGGCGCUGAGAAGAAAGACUUAUUGCUCAAUGAGAAAUAUAUGGAACCAUUGGUUUCGGUCAUGUACGCCGAUGGACUGGAACGCGAAGUCUGGCAAUGGUUGCAAGUUCUCUAUGAACGCUCUUUUGCGAAUUUCAUCUUUAUCCCGACAGACGACUUCGCCCCUGAUGCUGUUGCUUACCUGCGCGCCGAAGAUCGUCUUGUCUCCCUGAUGAUCAAGGAGACUGCUCGGCGUGGACGGCUGCAGGAAGCUGUACAGCUAUAUACGCAGGCUUACGAGUACCGUCUGAACUCUGGUAGAUCCGUUCUCUCAGAGGGAAAAUCUUCUCCCGAACCACUGCCACGGUCCUGGCGUCAGGUAGCCGGGGCAAUACUCUUACAAAAUAAACGCAGCAAAAGAGGUCUACCAGCAAGCCUUUACGAUUUGGUAUUGAAUUACAGCUUGACGAUUGAACAUUCUCCUUUCGACCCUGCUAUUCUUCAUAUCUACCAUCCGACAUCACCAACGGCUCAUCCGUUAUUUCAGAAACUCAAGGAUUCGUCGUUCCUGGAACAAUUCGCAAGAUGGCAAAAGAAUCCCAAUAGAUUCGUUCGAAGGAUCCUGCUUGUGUCCGUACUAGACGCGGCCGAGCUAUCCCUGACCCAUGCUCACCCUCGUGAAGCCAAGGAGUUCCUCGACUUCGCCGAAAGGACAUAUCCUGACUUCCUGCGCUCGCAUGAAGAAAAGACCGACACGGCGGAAAGACUGCAGCUGGCGCGCCAGGAGAUCCUGGUGAGAAAGGAGUUCCGUUCGUCGGGCUACGCAACUGCCCCAGAGCUGCAGGUGCUAGUGUGA